GUUCGGGGGUAGAUUCGAUUCCGUCGUUCCGCGGCGCGCAUGUUUGCAUUCGUAAACCCGUGUUUUGUGUGGCAGAUCCUUGCAGCAGUCGAGUUACUCCAGCUUCAAAAGUUUGACCAAAAUUGACAAAACGUGCAAUAAAGAAGAAAAAACUGUGCUCUUGUGGUAACUGUCCUUGGUGAUGAAAAUGGUGAAAAGCGUCUACACAAUAACAGUGAACCGUAUGCAGUGUGUGGUGAUAUGAACGGGAAAGAAUAAGUGAGAAAGUGAAGCAAGAAACAUAAAAAAGAAUAAAUAAUAAUGAAGUCCAAAGCGAUCGAUGUGGAGAAAAUGUUAAUAUCGAGUGAAUCUGUUGAUAGAAAGUGUGUAUUUAAACAUUAGUAACGUUGUAACGAAAGCAACUAACGGGAGAGGAGGCGUAGCAAAAGACUCGUAGGUGAGAGACACCGAAUCGCAGGUUGGAGCAGUGGAAACCUCUCAAGGGAUUCAGUGAGAAUACGGUGACGUAGCAUCGAAAAGAAAAACAAUCCCAGAACUCUGCGAGUGAAGUGCGUGACGGAACGUGGUGGGCCCUCUUCAGCAGCCGCGAUGCCAUCGGACACACCUCCACCGUCAUCAGCAUCGGUGUCGCAUCCGUCACCAGCCUCGAGCCACGAUCAGAGUGACCAUCAACAGAGCCGAGACCACCACCGGGAGCAGCAAGGGGCGGGAAGUUCCCGCGGACAGCAGGAGCCGGACCGGUCGGGUACUCCGGGGCCCGGGGACUCGCAUCAGCCGCACGCCGCGGCCUGCCCGAGCUCUUCGUCCUCGUCGUCCUCGUCGUCCAGCAACUCGUCGUCCAGCAACUCGUCCUCGCUGUCGUCCCUGUCGCUGAAGCGCAACCUGGGCCCCUCCGAGGACCCGCUGCCGAAGCCAUCGCCCGCUUCAUCGCCCCUCACGAUGGAGCACCAUCUUCAGCAGCAUAAGGAUCGCAUGGCGGCCAGUCAGCAACAGCAACAGCAGCACCACGCGAGUGCCAAUGCCACCGCGACCGGCACGUCGGGUGGAGGGCAACAGUUUUGUCUGCGCUGGAACAACUACCAGACCAACCUGACGAGCGUGUUCGACCAGCUGCUACAGAGCGAGUCGUUCGUCGACGUGACGCUGGCCUGCGAUGGCCAGUCGAUCAAGGCGCACAAGAUGGUGCUGUCCGCGUGCAGCCCCUACUUCCAGACGCUCUUCUUCGACAACCCGUGCCAGCACCCGAUCGUCAUCAUGCGCGACGUCAGCUGGGCCGAGCUGAAGGCGAUCGUGGAGUUCAUGUACAAGGGCGAGAUCAACGUGAGCCAGGACCAGAUCGGGCCGCUGCUAAAGGUGGCCGAGAUGCUCAAGAUUCGCGGGCUGGCCGAUGUGAACGGGGACGCCGAGGGUGGCCGGGCAGCGCCGGACCGCGAGGGAGCCGGAAGCCGCGGCGCCGACCUGGACCUCGACCGCGAGGACACCCGCGCCCCGGUCGAUCACAAGCUGCUGAAUCCGCUCGCCAUCGUGCACAGUUCGCUGCUUGCAAACGGGAGCGUCGGAGGAGCGGCGGGCGGAGGUGGUCCCAGCGGUGGCCAUGGAGCCUCCGGGAGUAGCAGCACCGCGACCAGCGGUUCGGGCUCCGUUUCGACGCCCGGAGCGGCGACCAAGAAGCCCCGUUCGUCCCGCGAUCGCGACUCGACCAAAGAUCAUCGGCUGGACGCUCGGUUGAGCGAGUUCGCCCGCGAUUUGUCCCGCGAGUCGCACAUCUCGCCGCGUGACAUCAACAGUGUGGCGUCGAGCGGUGGUGGAGGAGGUGGAGGAGGGGGAGCCGGUGGAGGCGGUGUUGGUAGUGGAGGAUCUGGUGGUGGAGGUAGCGGAGCGGACGACAUGGAGAUCAAGCCGGGCAUCGCCGAGAUGAUACGCGAGGAAGAAAGGGUGAGUUCUUUUCAUACUUUAUCACUUUGUUGGUAUAUGGCAGAAUAUUUAAUGAUUAUGAUUGUUGAUGGGGGGUUCGCGACAGCCGAGCGGUAG